AUGGCACCAGCUCCCCCCAGGACCUCCACGCUGUUCCCGCUAUUCUUCAUCCUCGCCCUGGACCCCGUGCCGGCCCCGGCUUUGCUCCCCUCCCUGUCGUCGAAGGCCCGAACCUUCCGGCUGAUGCAUAUUGAUUUUCCCAGGUCCGAGUUCGCACCCGGGUUCCGGGGCUACUGCAACGGCCUGAUGGCUUAUGUACGCGCGCAGCGUGAGAGCUGGCAGUGCCCGGAGAAGCACUUUGUGCUGCACGCGCCCGCGGCCACCGUGCGCGCCAUCUGCGCGCACACUGACUCCUUCUGCGAAGACUUUGGCGAGUUCUGCACGCGCAGUCACAAGCCCCUUCCAGUGACCACAUGCGCCCGCACCCCUGGGCUGCCCCCCUCGGUCUGCCGCUACAAUGCCACCGUGCAUGUCCAGUCCCACAGAGUCUGGCUACUCUGCUCCAGCAAGUUCGAGGGCUUCCCGAUGGAUGUCAUUGGUGUCUCUUAG